GUAUGUUCUGCCAAUCGCUUGAGGACAGAGUGGGAAAGGGGAGCAAGCAGAGUUAGAAGCCGGACAAAAGAACUCAUAGAGCCCCUUAUAUACAUAUUUUCCUAAUGUUUUAGAGAGCGUGGCGGGGUGAGAAACAAUCGCGGAUGGACUUGUCAGAGUAGUUAUGGAGCCCCCUUUAAGCAAGAGGAAUCCGGCGUUAAGACUAGCGGAUUUGGCAGCGACUCAACCCCUUCCUCAUCAGAAUAUGACAGGCUUCCCGGGGCUAGGGGGGCAUCACCCUCUCUCCCACCAUGCCCACCUCCACCCUGGGGAGCUGGGCAACGACCCCGGAGUGGCACUCACUCCAUUUGGACCAGAGCACAUGGCACAGACGAACGCUCUGAAACUUAGCCCGUCUCACCACAUCCAGAGCCACCACGAAGCCCAGACCGCGGCGUCCUUCACUUCAGCCCAGACCACAGUCGGUUUCCCCGUGGCUCACCCCCACUCAGGCUACUCAAGCAGCAGGGACUUCAUCCUCAGGAGAGAACUCUCAGCCUCUGCUAUGCAUGCACUUGGCGACCAGCAUAGUUCCGCCUCCUCCCCUCAUCACCAUGGCAUGUUCAUCUCCCCAACAGGUGCUUAUGGGCACGCGGAGAGCGGGGCCCAUUCGCUUUUCACUGGACUCCACGACCAGGCGUCCCCAGGUGCCCACCACCACCACCAUGCCCUCAACGGGCAGAUGCGCCUGGGUAUACCGGGGGACAUCUACGGCAGGCCGGAGCACUUCGGGCACAGGCCGGAGCACUAUGGACCGUCUUCCCUCCACAGCUACAACUCCAUGAACCUCAACGUGAACAUCGCGUCUGCUCCUCACGGAGCGGCGGGGGCGUUUUUGAGAUACAUGCGGCAGCCCAUCAAGCAGGAGCUGAUCUGCAAGUGGAUCGACCAGGAUCAGAGUCAGAAGAAGCCCUGCUCGAAGACGUACGGCACCAUGCACGAGCUGGUCAACCACGUCACGGUGGAGCACGUCGGGGGACCGGAGCAGAGCUCCCAUGUCUGUUUCUGGGAGGAAUGUCCGCGCGAAGGGAAGGCUUUCAAGGCGAAGUACAAACUGAUCAAUCACAUCCGAGUCCACACCGGGGAGAAGCCCUUCCCGUGUCCGUUCCCCGGUUGUGGGAAAGUGUUCGCGCGAUCGGAGAAUUUAAAGAUUCACAAGAGGACGCACACAGCACCGACGGGCCUCUGCGCCUCGCAGAACGAUGUACAACCCACAGGGAAACACACCCAAAAGAUACAAGUCACGAGGAAGCCACGGCUACGCCUUCUGAGCGCGUGUCACUUUGAGAACGCACGCUUUGACAUCAUGUGCACUGGAUGCAACUUCAUACAAACAAGAAGUGUUUCCCAUUUAAAAGUGACAGUGUGUGUAGUGUAGUUAUGACCAGAGAGUCCACUACGGUAUGAAUAAUCCUGGUGGUCUCCUGGACCCCCCUCCCCCCCCCCCACACACACACACACACACAUGUAUGCAUGUAACCAGAAGGCCUAGAGGCAUGUUACACGUGUUCACACUAGAAAAUGCUUGGGAACAAGUGGGUGUGCAGCAGUGGUGGCUGCAGAUGUUUAGUGAAUAAGCUCUAGUGAGGAGGACCCCCCCCCCCCCACAGCUAAUGAAAAAUCCCCCUGCAUGCUUGGAUUUAUUAAUGGUGGUAUAUGAGGAAAUGCAUGUGCACACCUUCAGAUGCGUGAGAGAAAAUGUAUGGAAAAAAACAGAAACACCCCCUCGUGGAGACUCGUCCACGACGUUUAUUUUGCACGUGACUGCAUCUGCUUUCUCCUUUUUUUUUUCCUACCCCCUCCAGGAGAGAAACCCUUCAAGUGCGAGUUCGACGGCUGCGACAGAAAAUUCGCCAACAGCAGCGACCGGAAGAAGCACUCCCACGUCCACACCAGCGACAAGCCGUACUACUGCAAGGUCCGCGGCUGCGACAAGUCCUACACGCACCCGAGCUCGCUGCGGAAGCACAUGAAGGUGCACUGCAAGUCCCCGCCGCCCCCAAACACCACCACCACCACCACCAACAACAACAACAACAACAACACCAACACCGUCUCCUAUAUAUCCUCCACGAACCCCCUCGGGGACCCUCUGUCUCCCCACUCGGAGCUGCACAGGAACCGAACCUCCGCGAACCUCUCCCCUCAGGUCACCAACCUCAACGAGUGGUACGUGUGCCAGGGCAGCGGCGGACCCCACCACCUCCACACCCCCUCCAGCGACGUGCCAACGUCGGACGAGGACGAGGACUCUUUCAGAAAUUCAGACCCGAGGACAAUGCUCUGAUGCCCCCCCCCACCGCACCGUUUUUGACCACGUGACUGUCAGACUUGUCAUCUAGGAAGUAAGGUGACCCCUGACCUUUCCUGAAAUGUAGAUCAAAGCUGUCAAAAUAAAACAUCUGACAUCAGAACUGACAUUUAAAGUCUUAUUUUGAAAGGACCAACCACUUCAAAGUGAGCCAAUUUCUGAACAGAACAUUCCAACAAGUGUUAUUAUUAUUUUUCCAAGAGCAAUAUGCAGGGUUUCAUCAUCUGCGUGGCUUCAGACUCAACUGGUGUGCUAAAAUGACAUGUUUCACGUGACCUCCCAUCACCCCCCGGAGCAGUUUAAUAACUCGCCUGCUAUCAAUCACUGUCAUAUUCCAGACAUUUAAGCAAAACAAAUGGUACUGCUCGUAGCCUGGAGAAUGGCAGCAGAGCAAAUGUUGAUGGACACAAUUUAGAAGAUGAGUUUUUUUUAAUUCUAUGUGAUUUCUGUAAGAUGUGGUACAAACUUUGAUAAACCAAUAAGGACAACAAAAAAAAAAAAAGGCAAACAUCUGAGUGUCUUAUGAGGUUCUCAUUUACCUUUUCAGAUUUAUAGAAUACAUGUGUUUGGAUGGAAUUUUGUAAUAUUUAAGAACUAUUUAAGACUAUAUUUUAUGCAAAAUUACACAAGUGUUAUGCUCGUUAAAAAGUACGAGUAAGUCCCUUGAGACCCUAAAUGUCUACACUGACAGGCUUUGGCCCUGUAGGAUUUGUAUAUAUGUAAUUGUACUGAUGCUUGUGAAUGUUGUGUAGUUUUUAAUUACAAUAAGAAAAAAAAAAUGUUGUUUUGUACAUUAUUAUUUAUUUGCUGGUAUCAAUGUUGUACUGGAACUACAGGAACACCAAAGAAUAAUAAUAUCAGUUUUGGUGAUGCAUAUUAGCCUACCCUGCUGAUGUUUUUUUAAUGUUUUUUUUAAUUCAUCUUAAUUUUCUGGGGUUUAAAUUUUUUGUGUAAAAGAAGAAACAUUUACUUGAAUAGGCUGUGUAAUGUGAAAAGUCCCUCUCUCGCAUGCCUUUUGUAGUGACCUGUCUUUCUCUUUGAGGUGCACGUUGGACAUGAUGGAUAUAAAAAAGAAGAAAAAAGAUGAACCAGCUAUGAUUGUGCAGACCCUUGAUGUUCACAUUUUUUAUUUGCAAUAUAAAUUUCAUGAUUAAAAAAAAUUAAUAAAAAAAACAUCAGGACAUAUACA